UCUAUACCAAGCUUUGUUUAAGGUUUCCUUUUUUUGCUUUGUUAAUUUAUGCACACGCUAAUUCUGUCUCAAUAAUGGGCGGGUCUUUGACAUGCCUUUGGUAAGAGCAGCGACCUAUCGAUGAUUUCACGAUUAGCUAAUAAUUUGAUGCCGUGCUCCACGCCAUGCAUCUCCCAUUGACAGUUGGUUAGUUUUUGUGCUUAUCGGCUAAGUGGUGCAGUGUAGAAAUGCGCAAAUGUUCUACUAAACACACGGAGGGGUUUAACAAACGAAAAGAAGUAAAGUACUAUUUUUUACACCCCCAUACAAGGCAUUGCUUUGGACUGUUUUAGUAUAUAAACCUACCGGUGCUUAGUGAAUAGCCACAGUCAACGCACAACACUUGGUUUGAAAAGUUCAGCGAAGGCAUACCGAGCAGUUCGCCAUCCUUUAGUUCAAAAUGUUCAAGUUAUCCUUUGCUUUGUUGGCCCUUUUGGGAGCUACGUUAGCCUACGAACAUCACGGAUUUGUCAGCGAAGUCAAGCACAUCCCGUACAAAUUCUACGGCGGUGGUAUUGGCGGUGGACAGGGUGGAUUUGAGGGCGGCAUCGGAGGCGGAUUUGGCGGUGGCUCUGAGGGUGGCUACGAAGGCAAGGACUACUAUGCCUACCCGAAGUACAAGUUCGAGUAUGGAGUUAAGGACUACCACACCGGUGAUCACAAGAGCCAGUGGGAAGUUCGGGACGGUGAUGUCGUGAAGGGCGAAUACACUCUGGAUGAGCCGGACGGUUCGACUCGUAUCGUGAAGUACCACGCCGAUAGCAAGAAUGGAUUUGAGGCCAUCGUCAAGAACAUCGGCAAGGGAGGUCUCCAGCAGGAAGGCGGUUCGAUCGGUGGAGGACAGGGAGGAUUUGGCGGUGGAUACGGAGGAUACGGAUACAGCUACAGCAAGCUGAAGAAGUUUAACUAAACUACUAGUUUGAAACAUAUUCAACUAAGUAUUAAUGAUAUUAUGGAUGUACUGAAAUGGAAUAUAACAAAACCAGCAAAUGAAAUAAUACAAUUUCUAUGAAAUUGAAA